AAGCCAAAAGGUCAAAAUCAUCGCGGGGACAUGAAUAUGCACUUAAUGUUAAAAACAGUAACUGUCACUAGAGUAUCAAUGACUUUUCUUUUGUGAAUAUGAUCAAAACUGUGGUCAAUAGCUUGCAUGGAUUAUUUUGACUAUAAAAUCAACAAACAUUGUUCAGCGUUAAGUAUUUUAUCAUCAUAAAAUGUUUACUUCCGGGUGGUAUACCUAUUUUUGGAAGUUAUCUUGCCUCGCCGUAAAAUACCUUGAUAAUGAGUACAUGUUAACCGUGACUCACCAGAUGUUAUUUUAUUUCAAUGUGGAAGUUAUACAUUUGUUGAAACUUUGGUGAUAAUGUUAGACAUCUUUAUUAAUAAACGUCAAUGCUAAUUUAUAAACUGUACUAAAAUUAUCAGUAAAGACGAAACAAUUUAAUAAGGUGUAUACGGUCUAGUGAAGGUAUUGAUUUUAUUAUUGAUAAUGACUGAAUGAAAAUAUACAUUUGCUAUCUGGACGGUUAGGUAGUUCAUUCUAGGACACCCCGGAUAAAAUAUGGAUAACUCCACCCGGCCUGGUGAUGAAGACCUUUUAGAGAAAAUAAAUCGAGAGGAGGUGUUGAGACAAGUUCCGCUGAUAACAUUUCUGAUUAUCUUGGCAAUCAUCGGAACGUUGGGUAACUUAUUAGUGUGUUAUGUCUACACGAAAAAAUACUCCGCGUCUAAUUGUCGUACUUUUAUUAUAGUUUUAUCUGCUGUUGACGUGUUUGUAUGUGCGGUGAUAAUACCGUUUGAGAUAAUGGUACUUAUGAGAGAAUACAACUUUAAACAUGCGUGGAUUUGUAAAGUUUCCGUAUUCCUGAACACGUGGUUGACGUUAACAGCCGGGUGUUUACUAUUAGCCAUCGCGAUAGACCGGUACAGGAAGGUGUGUCGACCAUUUUCAUGGCAGAUAACUCAUGUUGCCGCAAGAAACAUGUGCAUAAUGGCAGGACUGCUGGGUCUUGCCUUUUCUUGGAUUUCACCAGUGAUUUAUGGCGCACAAAAAUCAACACAUAGUGUUUAUAAUAUCACAAUCUCGCAGUGCACUGAAACUUAUGCAAUGCAAUUAACCGUAUGGCCGCUAAUAAACAACAUAUCUUUCGCUGUUUUGUUCAUUGGAGCUCUAACAGGGAUUGUUGUUAUGUACUGCUUUAUUGCUAUAAGAGUUAGACAACAUAUUGAAAGGAAAAGCAUGUUUCUGCCCAAUCGACAAACAUACAUAGUUAACGAUGCGGAGGUAAGCGAAAUGACAAUCAUGUCCGGUAAAGUAGCUGUCCGAAGAAAGGCAAAGUUAGUUGAAGACGACACAAGCGAUGGUCUGUUUCGAAGCAGUGAUUCUCUUGACCGGAAGGGUGUGAACGAAACAUCUGAACCAGAGAAAACGUCAUUGGUUUUGUGUUCAGUUGAUCGUGUUAAAAGUGAGAACCGGUCGGUAAACCGGAAAUCAGUUAUAAGCCGGAUGUUGUCUUUUGGCAGACAUUCACUGUCUUUGACAAAAUCAUUAUCCACAUCAACAACUAAUUCUGUGAGACAAAACAUUCGAAUAGACCCAGAAGCUCAAAGGCAAAAGCAAAGAACUGCGUAUAUAAUGUUUUUAAUUUCGCUUGCAUUUAUUAUCAGUUACCUGCCCUUGAUUUGUCUUUUAUUAAUACGCGUCUCAGACAGCACAUUUGUGCCUUCAUUGAAUGACACAGAGAGGGCUGUUUACAAGUUUUGCUUAAGAUCAUACUAUAUAAACUGUGUUGUUAAUCCCUUUAUAUAUGGAUUAUGGGAUUCGAUAUUCCGGAAGUCGUGCAGAAAUAUCGUCUGCAAAGGAAUAUGUAAAUAGUUCCAUAAAUUAAACCGAUAAAUGAAUAAAUGAGUUAAACACUAUUAAAAGGCUUCGUCGCAUAUGUGUAUUUAUUUGCAUUUCAUAUUUCUAUAUGUACAUGUACAUAAAAUAAUGUAAUUAAAUUAGUUUAAACCCCAAUGAGCUAUUACAAGAAACUGUAGAAAGUUAAGGUAUCUGAGUACCGAUAUUGUAAAAGCGUACUUUUAGUUAAGAAAUUUCAAAACGUUCUGGUGUAAAACAUAUUUAAAUAUUUCGAAUUUUCACAACAAUAUCUUUAUUUAUGUUUUAUUGAACAAUGAUUAAGUCUGAUGAACAUCAAUACAACAUUUAUAUCGCAUAGUCUUUAUUAAGGCCAUUUUGACGUAUUAGUUUUUAGAACUAAGAACUUUAUAUCUUAGAGGCUCAGUAUAACCACGGACUUUAACUGACAUGUAUACAAUAGGUCGGUGAUAUUACGGAAGGCGGUAAGCCGAUUGGCACCAUGUUCUCAAUGACAGUUUAGUUUUUUUCGCGGUCAAAGUCACUCAUGGCCAUAGCAGACUUUCGUACUUGCAUACAUGUAGAUCAUUUAUCCAUAUUACGAAACAUUUUUACGUAUGGAUAGGCUACAUUGUUUGAGUUUGUUAGUGAUGCAGAAUCAGCGAGAAAGUAAAUUAUCAUUCAUCAUGAAGAGAGUUAACAUACCAACACAUCAAAAAAAAUAAUAAUAUAAAAAAUAUAACAUAACUCAACAUUAUCUCAUUAUCGGGAUAUUUCUGUAAAAUGAUCGCCUCGGUCUAACGGCCUCAUCAUUUGUGUUAGCAAACUCAUCCCUCGAUGUCGCCCCAGUUAAUGUUAUAAUCCGUAACUAACUCAUUUCAUAUUCUAUAAUAACUAUUACUUAUCAAUGAAAGAAACAACAAGCAUUCCAUGCAUCAUGUGUGUACAUUUUUCUACGUAGGGUUGAUUGAAAUUUAUUCAUUUCUAAAGAUUUCUUGACAGCAACAUUAACCUUUUAAUGACACUAUGUCAAUCCACGGGUAAAUAGUGAGUGAACUGGGGAUAGUCAUAAUAAGAUUACAUUUUGUGAUAAUUUCUUUCAAUUUUAAAAUUUAGUUCGCAUGGACGAUAGAUAACUCACGCGGUCCUAAGAAAUUGCUGUAAAUAUCCUUUGAAAUUGACCUUUAACAUUCAAUUUAUAUAUAAAAAAAAUAGGGGACUGUCUUUACAAAUGUUAGACAGAUUUAUAUUUUUUCCUAAACAUUUUCCAAUAUCAUCUGUUGGUCAAUCAAUAUUAUUAUACUAGUUAGUAAUCAGUCUUUUCAAAUAUUUAGUCAAUUCAGCUCAACUUGACAAUCAUAAAAAAUGAGCAUACGAAAUAUCGUAUUUCAUUAAUGCAGUUUAUUAGAAGAGAGACAACCCUGGUAUGUCAUUAUGUUCAUAUUGAAUACUAGUCAUCUCCCUUUACAAGUUAUGGUUAUGUUUUUUUAGUUUAUUUUAGUUUAAAUACUUAAAAACCCACCCUUUCCCUCCCGGAAUAUUUUCCUUCUGCUUUUGUUGUGCUUUCUUAUUUCUAAUUUCAGCUUUAUUUAAAAGGGAUGUCAUCAAUAGUUCUCAAAAGAAUCGUCAUGGCUGGAUUUCAUUAUGCGUUUAUACUUACAAUUUUGAGACAAGUGCCUAAAGACUUGUUGAUGAAAAUGUUUUCUUUCUCUUUAUCGCAUUUAUUAUUGUAUUAUUUUUACGAGAUCUGCAUAAGUGUAAUAGUUUUUGAUAUAAUGGUGGUUAUUAUUAUUACAUUGUUAUACAUUGGUUAUAAGCACAUUUACAUUACAUAUUACACUUCAUUGUACGUUUUUCUUUUAAGGAAUAUUUUGCUUAGGCAGAACGUUUUUAUUGAGUUGUAUGUAUUCUAUAUGUUAAUUGGCAUAUCUGAGCACGGUCCGUUGUUUCUAUAUUCCGAGGAAUAGUCUGAGGAGGUUUCCUCCAACGGAUUCUACGGUUCCUUUUAAAAUUAUAAAAGAAAAAUGGGUUUUACGUAGGCGGCAAGUAUUCCUAAGACGAAUAUACGAUCGAACCUGUUAGAGUAAUUGUUCUAGUUUGAAAUGUCCUGGACAUUGUAUGGCAGUUUUGAUCGUGAUAUGCUUGUUAAAUGUAUAUCCUUUUUUCAGAUUUAAAAAACUAAUGGCAGUAUCUCUCUUUUCAAAAUGUAACUUUAAGUUAAAUUUAUUGAAUAUAUCUAUAAAACAUAAUCUUUUAGCUUCUGUUAUCCAGAGUUUAUCAUAUCUUGCAUUUGUCAGCACGUUGUCUCUUUUUCAAAAUAUAAUUUUAAUUGAUUAUAUCUGAAUAAACAUAUUAAAGCAGCACGCCCCCAAAUUCAUGGUAAUUUUCAUGAAAAUUUGAAAAUUUAUCAGAAUGAUUAAUAUUGUGAAGUAAACAAAAGGAAGCAAUUUACAUAUUUUCAAUGUCACUUACAACCAACGUAAAUUACUAAAACGUGGUCAAAAUAUGUAUAAAUAGCCCUUACUGCGUUAGUAACGCAGUAGAAAUAUAGUUGUAAAUGCUGAAAAAUCAGUCAUUAAUUGCACAGAACAUGUAAAAUAUUACUUGAAUCUUGAAUCUUUUUACAUAUCAUAAAAUUUUAGUACAUUUUUAUCAAGUUUGAUUUUAUUGAAAUAUUUUGACUCAUCUGGAGGCAUGCAGCUUUAAGCUUCCGAUAUCCGGAGCAAUUCAAGUCACUUACGACUGUCCGGAGUAAAAUCAGCCAUAUGGGCUUUAGUCAUAUAAUAUUAUAAUUUAUAUACAUGUAAUUGACAAUCUUAUACUACAUGUAUUAUUAUACAGCCAUAGACAAAAAACUGCCAAACCUAAGUAACCGCAGUAAAACGCUAUCAAUCUAAGAGAGUUGUUUUU